AUGAAUGGAACAGAAGGUCAGAAUUUCUAUAUUCCCAUGUCAAACAAGACUGGUAUUGUGCGGAGUCCAUUUGAGUAUCCACAGUACUACUUGGCAGAACCAUGGAAAUUCUCGGCAUUGGCUGCUUACAUGUUUCUUUUGAUUCUUCUGGGAUUCCCUAUUAACUUCCUGACUCUCUAUGUCACCAUCCAACACAAGAAACUCAGGACGCCUCUAAACUACAUCCUCUUAAAUUUGGCCAUAGCCAAUCUCUUCAUGGUCUUAAUAGGCUUCACUACCACCAUGUAUACAUCCAUGAAUGGCUAUUUCAUUUUUGGGACAAUAGGAUGCAGCAUUGAAGGCUUCUUUGCUACAAUGGGCGGUGAGAUAGCCCUGUGGUCUUUGGUAGUUCUGGCUGUUGAAAGAUAUGUUGUGGUUUGCAAGCCCAUGAGUAAUUUCCGUUUUAGUGAAACCCAUGCUAUCAUGGGGGUGAGUUUCACUUGGAUCAUGGCCUUGGCCUGUGCUGGUCCUCCUCUUCUUGGAUGGUCAAGAUACAUCCCAGAAGGCAUGCAGUGCUCAUGUGGAGUUGAUUAUUAUACACCAAACCCGGAGGUCCACAAUGAGUCAUUUGUCAUCUACAUGUUUGUGGUACACUUUGUCACACCACUGACUAUUAUCUUCUUCUGCUAUGGACGCCUUGUCUGCACUGUUAAAGAGGCUGCAGCUCAGCAACAGGAGUCUGCUACCACCCAGAAAGCUGAGAAAGAAGUCACCCGCAUGGUUAUCAUCAUGGUCUUUUCCUUCCUCAUUUGCUGGGUCCCUUAUGCCAGUGUUGCUUUCUACAUCUUCACUCACCAAGGAUCUGACUUUGGCCCUGUCUUUAUGACCAUCCCAGCCUUCUUUGCCAAGAGCUCUGCUAUCUACAAUCCAGUGAUUUACAUCUUAAUGAACAAACAGUUCCGCAACUGUAUGCUCACCACUCUCUGCUGUGGGAAAAAUCCUUUGGCUGAGGAGGACACUUCUGCUGGCACUAAGACAGAGACAUCCACAGUCUCCACCAGUCAGGUUUCCCCUGCAUAGACACACCAAGAAAGGUUUUGACCUGUGGAUACUUCAUUUGCACAACCACAUUCUUUUCACCUCCACCAUCAGAGCAUGCCAUUCACAACCCACUGGGCAGGACAGACAUUGGAUCUUCUGGCUAUGACUUCCAGCUGAACAAAGCUGCACAUACAUAGGAAGCUGCCUUAUACCAACUCAGAACACUGGCCUAUUUAACUCAUUAUUAUCCACAUUGAUUGGCACUGACUUUCUAGGGUUUCAGAUGAGGAUCUUUCUCUGCCUUAGCUAGAGAUGACAAUGAUUGAACCUUUUUGGUUGCAGAGCACACAUACUCUACCCCUGAUCUACAAACGUAUACUGUAUUUGUGAGUGUGCUACAAUUGGUGCAAAUCAACUCAGAUCUAUGGCCAUGACAAGCUGCAAGUCAGUGGCCCUAAACUCAUGCAUCUAAGGCCAUAUUUACUUGGCAGAUUGGUGCAGCAUUGGCUUACAUUUUCACAAACAACUUUGAUCUGGUUUUCAUCUCUUUGGUCUGUGUAUGCAAGAUUGGGGCCAAUUGACUAUCCCUAAGGAUGCAUUGGCAUUGCUGGGUUUCCAUCCUCCUUCUCGAUUCUUUUCUAGCUUGGUACAAAAUGAACAUUUGCACAUUCAUGGGUAGCAGACAGGCACCCACCCACCUCAGUUUCUUCAAAUAACUUAUUGGAAUUGAAGUAUCAUCAAAGAAAAAUGUAUCACUCAAACGUCACAUUUAUACAGGGGGAGGGGACAAGGAUGAAAGUUAGGAUAUCCAAUUCAAAGUGAUUUCAUGAGAUUUCAGAUUCCAUUCUUUACAUUUUCUGUAGCAUAGUAUGCUGAAGCGGCAUGUUUCCCUUCCUUCAAAACAAUACAGUAUAACAACUGUGCUAUGUCAUGCCUCCAUCAAUUUCCAUAUUUGGUCAGGGCCAACAUUUCAGUGCAGAGGUGUGCUACAUAUAUCUCAAAUUGCUACGACUCACAGAACACAAAAGAUAUACAAGCCCUUUCUGAAACAGAAACGACUGGGCUCUCCUUUCAUUGAAAGAAGAUGACACAGGAAACAGCAGCAGCAGCAGCAUACACUGGUGUAUUAGAGCGCUUUGUCAGGUGAGAACCAGAGGCAUUUUAGGAAGACACUAGAUGUCACAGCUGUGAUGACUAUGUCACAAGUGCAGAGAAGAGAGAAAGGUCGACUAAACCAUUUUUAAAAAAUACUCUUCGUCUGUUGUAUUGGAAAAUACAACACUUGAAUAAAACCUAAUAAGUAGUAAUACUUUUGGAACACAGAAAUAAUAAAGUUACUCGCGCCCCCGCCCCUCACUUCCCACCUGGCCAGAAUCUCUAUAUAGGUGCCACUUAAGGAGCAUUUCAACACUGUCUCAAUGAGUCAGUGGUAGACAAUAGACCAUGUUUAAAUUGCAUAAAAACUGGUAGCUGCCUGCAAGCCCCCACACCCCUAUCCCCAGCUAUUGACUGAGCUUCUGUGAUAUCAUGGAGCAUUCUCAAAUAGUCCAACUGAAUGGUGUGGGGAAUUAUAUCAGCACUGGAAUGUUCAGAACGCUGCAGCUUCUGUAUGGUGAGGUUUUUGUACUAUUGACUUUUACAUAUUUUGUUUGUUAGCUGCCAUGAGAGCUGUUCUUGGCUAGUUGGCUGUCUAUACAUUGUAACAAAUGAAUAAAUAAAGUUUUCAGUUUGGCCGGGAGAAAGUAUAUAUAUAGUGCCUAGGGAUAGGCUGCUGGCAUGAAUUUGGGAUUGAUCAAGAGUACCAGGGAGACCAAGGUCUUGGAAGACGGCCUGGGAAAUAGAGAAGCGAAGGGAUAGGGCACCCAGUGAGUAGGGACUAGAGGGAAGAAAAGUCAGAGGAAGCAUAAUAUUGAAAAUAAAGAAAAGCAGAGAGGGAAUUUGGGGGCAAUAGAAAGGAGGAAAGCUGGUCUUGUGGUAGCAAGCAUGAAUUGUCCCCUUUGCUAAGUAGGGUCUGCCCUAGUUUGCAUUUGAACGGGAGCACUAUAAGAUAUUCCCUUUAGCGGGUGGGGCUGCUCUGGAAAGUGCUUGCAUGCAGACAGUUCCAAGUUCCCUCCCUGGCAUCUCCAAGAUAGGGUUCAGAGAGACUCCUGCCUAUAGCCUCCGAGAAGCCGCUGCCAGUCUGUGUAGCCAAUACUGAGCUUGAUGGACCAAUGGUUUGACUCAGUAUAUGGCAGCUUCCUAUGUUCCUAUGAGCUGAGGAAAAACCUCAUAUAGGGAUUAUGAGCAAGAAGGAUUCUGUCCCAUUUGUAGGAAGGGAGGUGGAUAUUCAACAAUACUGGAGAAACAUGGGAAGGUUAAGAAUAAGGAAGUGUAAGGAAGUUUAAGUGGGAGGCAGCCUGAAGUUAAAAUAAACAGCCAAAUCUUUGAUGGUGUAUGUUUAUAUUAUGUACACACCAAAUAGGAACGGUUUGCCCAUUUAUAUUAAAAAAAAUUUUUUUUGUUCCCGUAAAAGGCUGCACAAAAAUCGUUUAAGCAAAAGUCAAGGUUGGAAUACAGCACUGUCUUCCUGGUGCCACGUGACAUGUUUCCAUGGUAGCGUGUACACAUGUUGUCAUGUGGCUUCAUUUCUCUCCUCACAUUUUCCCACACAGACCACACAGCUUCUGACCUUGAGUUUCUUACCCGUCUCUGGCGGGCACCUCCUUGUUUUCAGCUGCAACUCCAUUUGGCGGCUGCCCAAG